AUGAUCUUGAACGUAAACGCCACACCUACUUGUGAACAGUCUAUUUUUUCAUAUAUUCAUCUUAAAUGUUCAGAUGGGUUCAUGGAGAAGGAACUGCCGUCUGAAGGCUGCUCACCAGCACCGUCAAAUUGUUCAUUUAUCAGUGAACAGGAAGUACACGAAGGAAGCUUUCUUCAUAGACAGUCACCGUUUCUCAAUUUGAGCCAAGCAUCACCGAACGCAUUCUCCUCUUUUCCUCGGCCUGACUUCUUGAAUAACUCAGUUGCCGAUUCCGAAACUUCUUCCCGAUCUUCACUGGAUGGUUCUUUUCUUUCGAAGGAGUCUUCAUCUGAGGGAAUGGAGAAAUUUCGCGCACAACGGUCGGCACGAAAGCUGUCAUCAUCGUCGAGCGAUUCUGACGGGAGUGAAUUGACAGUGGGAGGUGGAUCAGUAGAUGGAGAUGAACCCAUUGUGAGAAAAAUCAGCAAGAGUAAAGCAGCGGAGACAAGCUUGCCUGUAGCACGAAGAUUGGACGCGCCAAGAGGGCGAAUUGCCAACAUACGCCGUGAAAGUGAUUGCUCACUCAAUAAUGAGGUGGAACACGAACGUCUCGUGAAAACAUCACAGCAAGUUUCGUGCGCAGUUUUCAUUUCUGCUCUUUUGUCCAUUCAGGAGAUGCGCCGGCGUGCACCCUCCGCUUCUUCUGUGGGAGAGCCAAUAUCGAUUGUUACCAACGUUUUUCUCCCUCACAGCUGUUCUCCCAGUCCAACAAGAGUUACCGAAAUACACAAGCAAUGCUAUUCUCCUUCUACUCACCAAAUGGUCCGCCCAAAUAUGCCGUAUUCUGCCACACCUAGUCCGACGCAAAGCCCAACGAGACAGCGAUUACUUAGGAGUCUCUCUCCCAUCACGACGAAAACUGCUUUGAAGAGGCGCUAUACAGCAGGGGUUGACGAGGUGGAGACGAAGCGAAGUUGUGGGAGUAGCAGCGUUUCGGGCGUGUUCGUACGCAAUUCUACUUCACCACUUGUCACUGACCGAAGCUUCCCGUAUACGUCUGCUGUACCGCAGGAGUUUGUUCAGCCAACCACCAUUAGCGUUAACUGGACAUCAUCAUCAUCUUCUUCUUCUUCUGGAGGUCGUCGUUUCUCAACACUAGACAGCAUUUUGGAGCGUCGGACAAGCAGUGACUCGAUGGAAGAGCGAAAAAGUGUUGAUGAAGUUGAUACAAACAGCACAGAGAUGAAUGGUUUGUCUUCUGAAGUAGAUGUUCAGCAAUCCGGCGUUAGUAGCAAGGAGGUGGUUGAGUCAGAGAGUUGCGCCAUGUGCGUUGAUGAAUGCUCGUGCACAAGAAAGUCGUCAAAUGAAGAAGAAACGCAGCCAGAACAAAGGAUUGCCUGCCCGUAUGAGCCUUUUCUUCGUUCUGAUUAG